UGAGCGAUGAUCGUGACUUUUAUUUUCAUCUUGCAUCGUCGAUAUUCUCGUUAGGAUAGACGCUCUAGAGAGAAGAUUCAAGAUCCUUGGGUGAAGUAAUUCGUGUCAUGCAAGGCGAAUCUACGACUCAUAGUUAUAAUAUAAUCCCAUCAGCUCAUUCUGGGUCAAUGAUUAGUUUUAUAGGCGAACCAACUGUUCAAGAAGAAGAUGAUGACAACAGUCAGAGGGGAAAACUUUCUGCCAUGUUUGGUGUGGUUGUUCCUGUUAUCCUAUCCAUGUUCUCUGUCAUCUUAUUUCUAAGACUUGGGUAUGUCGUUGGUCAGGCUGGCUUGAUAGCAGGCAUUGCUCUGUUUGUUGUGGCUUAUUUGGUUGUAAGUAUCACAGUGCUGUCAAUCUCAGCCAUAGCAACCAAUGGUGUCGUCAAGGGAGGAGGAGCCUAUUACAUGAUAAGCAGGACUCUUGGUCCAGAGUUUGGAGGCUCUAUUGGAGUGAUAUUCUUCUUUGCUAACGUUUUUUCAAGUGCUUUAUACAUUUUGGGUUUUGUUGAAGCAAUAAUCAACAACUUUGGUCCUGCAGGCUUUUUGGCACAAGUAUCUGAAUUACAGCAAAGUUACUGGUAUGAGCUACUUUAUGGCACUUGUGUUCUUCUGCUCUGCCUUGCCGUUUGCCUUGUGGGUGCAGAAAUGUUUGCCAAGACAUCUUUUAUCAUCUUUUUGGCUGUGAUAACUGCUGUUGUCACUGCAAUGGUCAGUUUCAUCAUUCAGAACAAAAUGCAGGUACACCCAGCAAGUGCCAAUCUAGACAGCUUAAAUCGAAACAUUACAUACCAUUACACAGGUUGGAGCUUUAAGACAGCGAAGAGAAACCUUUGGCCUGAAUUCAGCAAAGACUACUCAGCAGCAAGAACCAAAAAAGAAUUUCAUAAACUUCAUAAACUUGAUGCCCUGUCUGUUUUUGGAGUUCUCUUCAAUGGCGUCACAGGAAUCAUGGCUGGCGUCAACAUGUCAGGUGACCUAAAGAACCCCGGACGUGCAAUACCAUUUGGUACCUUGUGGGGAUGUCUCAUUACCUUUGUCAUCUACAUCAUAUUGGUUAUCUGCACCGGUUUUACCUGCUCAAGGGAACUGUUGCAUGAGAAUUAUAACUAUUUGCAGCCAAUUGACAAGGUUCCAGUCAUCAUCGCCAUCGGUGUCUUUGCUGCUACUCUAUCUGCAGCUUUGAGCUGUCUUAUCGGUGCCUCUCGUAUCCUACAUGCUCUUGCCAAAGACAAACUUUUUGGUGUCGUUCUUCAACCAUUUGUGAAGGUUUCUGAUAGAAACAAUGAACCGAUUCGUGCUGUUUUGCUCUCCUGGUUUUUUGUUCAGAUCGUUUUAUUCUUGGGUAAAGUCAACAAAGUAGCACCACUAGUCAGUAUGUUUUUCUUGUUGUCAUAUGGCGUUACAAACCUGGCUUGUUUCGCACUCAAAGUUGCUUCAGCGCCAAAUUUCAGACCAACCUUCAAGUACUUUUCAUGGCAGACGGCAUUGUUUGGGGCUGUCUUCUGUUUCGUCAUCAUGUUCUGCAUCAAUCCGUUGUACGCAACUAUUUCUGUAGCUGUCAUGAUCAUGCUAUUCGUGUUUAUUUCUCUACGUGCUCCCAUUACUCCAUGGGGUGAUGUAUCCCAAGCGCUCAUCUAUCAUCAGGUUCGAAAGUAUCUUCUGCGACUCGACAUUAGGAAAGACCAUGUGAAAUUCUGGAGACCACAGGUUCUUCUCCUCGUGUCCAAUCCUCGUUCAAGCUACAAUCUUAUCGACUUUGUUAACGAUAUCAAAAAGAGCGGGAUGUACAUCAUUGGACAUGUGCAAGUAGAUGAGUUUAAUCCUGAUGCUGUGGAGAAGCACAGAAAAGACCUCGGUUCCUGGUUAAGCUUUGUUGAUUGUGCUGAAAUCAAGUCAUUCGUUGAGUUGACCAUCGCGCCGUCUGUACGUCAGGGUGCACAGAAUCUGAUACUGACAUCAGGCCUCGGAAGUAUGAGAGCCAACACAGUUGUAUUAGGUUUUUUCGAUGAUAACUUGCACGAGGAUAGGUUGUCUCGAGGACUUUUUAAGAAGUCAAAAUUCUUUUUUAAAAGAAAUAAACCAGAGCUUUUCCAGCAAGUGUUGGCUAAUCUGCCUCGUCUAAGAGUAUCUAAAGGUGAUCAAGAAAUGAAUCUGAAUGACUAUGUUGGAAUUGUCAAGGACUGUAUUGCGAUGGGAAAGAAUGUCUGUAUAGCAAGAAAUUUUGAGCUGCUGGACAAAAAUUCCAUUGCUAAAGGUGGUUAUAUAGAUGUUUGGCCAGUGAACGCUUCAUUAAUUAGAGAAGGUCUAUUGRGUCCUUUUGACUUCACAUUUCUGUUGAUUCUUCAACUGAGUUGUGUUCUUCACAUGGUACCAUUCUGGGAGAGCAGGACGACGCUACGCAUCUUGACAGUCGUUGGAGAAAACAGGGCAGAGGAGGAAUGCACCUUGAUAAAGCUUUUAAAAGAGUUGCGUAUCCCUGCAGAAGUUAGGAUGGUUCACGCAUUGAAUGAAGAUCCUACCAGGGCUAAAAACGCCGAUGGCUAUCUGCCUGCGUCAAACUGGUACAGAGACAUCAAUCAUCUAAUGCGAACACACUCCAGCGAAGCAAACGUGAUCUUCACGGGACUUCCUCAUCCACCACAAGAAGAAAACAUGACUGAACAGUUUCUACAGGAAUUAUCCAUUCUAUCAGAAAAUCUUCCACCAAUCAUGAUGGUAUAUGGUCGAUCACCUGUGGUAUCAACAUCAUUAUAAACGAAAAGUGAAUAACUCUUUAGGGUUGGAAACAAAGAACCUCUGUUAAACGACCACCAAAGUUCAUGUUCUCUCGGCGACCACCAUUUUAAGUGCUUCCCAAUCAUACGCGCGUGCAAUCGUAUAAUUUUCUGUCUCGAUAAAGUGAGUCAAUCGAAGCUUUUCCAUGACAUCAUUUAGUGCGACGUCACUUGUGUGAAAAAAGACUUCCGGAUCCGAAAAAGCAGUUUAUAAACAUUUCUCUUACGUUUUCUUCAUGACAGUGUUUGUUGUUCAAAGUUCUAAUAGUUUCAGGGGAAUGUGGAAUCAUUGAAAACAUUUUUCAGUUUAUUAUUAGCGAUUUUUACCAGUGAGUCAAAGCUAGGCUCUACAAGCACGUGACCUGGAAAACCCCUAUAUUUUCCAACAGUUUUAUGGAAACACUUCUACUAACAUCAACCAAAAUUAUCAUUUGUCACGACACCAAAUUGUACGAUUUCGUGCGUGAUUGGGAGCAUUCUACUAUUUCCCGACCGACGGUGGUUGCUCAAUAGAAGUUUGGCUAUAUACUGAAAACCUCAAAGUGACGUUAACUCGGAAAACCUAUUUACACUCUUUAAAGUAUAUUAUAAAUUUAUAUUCGUUUUUWUAUUUUUUUAUUUGAUUUUUUAUAUUCUCGAAUACAUUUUUAUGCUGUUCUAUCAUUUUUUCAUUCAUUCUUUCUUUAUAGACUUAAAGUUAGAUGCAUGUAGUUUGGGUAUCAAUAAGGAUCUUAAGAUAACGUUAUCUAUUUUCUAUGCAUAACACAUUUUGGUAAACUAAUAAUUUUGAGCUUUAUAGCUCUUGAGUACUAUUCCUUUCUUUAUGCUUGAGAAGCUAGGGUGAAACUAGAAACUUUCUUAGACGUCUGAGAGCUCUUAGCUGUCAUCCAAUUCACACCUAUGUAUCUAAAUUAUUGCCCGAAUUCAUACACCUAUCAGCACAAUGUUGCUUAUAAAUUUAUUGCUUUAUAUAAGAUCGCUAUUUAUAAUAUUAAUGUAUUUCUAUUUUUUAUUGGUAAUAGUUGAAGAUAUGGGUUUAUGAUGAUAAGGGCUUAUUAUUAGUUUUAUAAUGUAAUAGUCAUUUAAAAUUAAACUAUAUUUGAUAAUUAUAACCAUGAUAAUGGUAAAUUAAAUCAUUGAUAACUGAAUAAAAAUAUUAUAGUUUGUAAUAAAUGACUGAACAACAAGAGUA